AAAGGUUCUCGUUUACAUAGAUGACGUAUUAAUUCUGUCCGAAUCUGUAGACGAGGGCCUAGCCUUACUGCGCCAGGUCCUAAACACUUUAACAACGGCUGGAUUUUCGAUCAACCUGAAAAAAUGUAACUUUCUUACAACCGAAAUAGAGUAUUUAGGACGGCUUAUACGUGAAGGUCAGGUACGGCCGAGCCCAAAAAAAGUCCAAGCUCUUCUUGACGCACCCCGUCCAUCAAAUGUUAAGCAAGUGCGUCAGUUCUUAGGCCUUGCUGGUUAUUUUCGCCGGUAUAUUGCGGGUUAUUCACAAAAGACGCUGUGUAUUGCUAAGUUGACUAGACGAGGUGUACCUUUUGACUGGGGAACAGAGCAAGAAGAUGCUCGUGCCUAUAUAGUUAAAUGCCUUACAGACGAGCCGGUUCUUUCUAUAUUUGACCCAAAUCUUCCUACCGAGCUCCAUACAGAUGCUAGUGCACUGGGGUACGGAGCUAUUUUAUUGCAAGAACACGAAGGACGACAAAAAAGGGUAGUUGCGUAUUUUAGCAAGGCCACGCAGGGGGCAGAGUCAAGGUAUCAUAGUUACGAAUUAGAGACGCUGGCUAUUGUAAAGGCUCUACAACAUUUUCGGCAAUUCCUUGUAGGCAUUUCUUUUAAGAUAGUUACAGAUUGUAACUCUUUAAAAUUGACGGAAAAGAAGAAGGACCUUAUUCCUCGGGUAGCUCGUUGGUGGGUUUACAUGCAGGACUUCCAGUUUACCAUCGAGUAUCGAAAGGGUGUGUUGUUGCCUCAUGCUGACUAUUUAAGUAGAAACCCUGUGGAAGUUCUGCAUAUUCGUAAACCAACUAACUGGGCUCAACAGGCACAAAUGGCUGAUUCUGAGACGCAGAAUCUUAUUGAUAGCUUGAAGGAGGGACGCUUAGAUUCGACUCGGUACGAGGUACAUAACAAUUUGUUAUGCUACAAGUUUACUCCUACUGGAGAGGACGCCCGUCUGCUUUGUUUUAUUCCAAAAGGUCACAGGCUCAGCUUACUCAGAAUUUUUCAUGAUGAGCAUGAUCAUAUUGGAGUUGACAAGACGACGGAGCUUAUUCUUGGGCAUUUUUGGUUUCCUGGGCUUAGAGCAUUUGUGCGCAAGUAUAUAGGACAUUGCCUUGUUUGUUUAACUUGUAAAAGAAUCCCUCGAUCUGCUCAUCAGCCCAUAGAAUCAUUUACCAAGCCGGAUGUCCCAUUUUCAACCGUUCAUAUGGACGUAUUAGGCCCCUUGCCAGAUUCCAAAGGCUUUAAGUAUGUCCUGGUAGUCGUAGACGCAUUCUCUAAAUAUUGUCUUUUGUAUGCUUUGUACCGACAAGACGCGGACGAGUUAAAACGUGCAUUUUCAAAUGCUAUUUCGUUGUUUGGUACACCCUCACUUAUAGUUAAUGACAGAGGGCGUAUGUUUGAAAGUAACAGUUUUCAAAAUUGGAUAUUGGGGUUAGGGUGUAAAACACAUUUCAUUACCCCUGAAAUGCACCAUGAAAAUGGUCAAGCAGAGCGUUACUGUCGUACAGUGCAGAAUUUAAUUAGGGUAGAAGCAAAUAACAAAGGCGCCGAGUGGUCCGAUGUUCUAUGGCGAAUCCAAUUAAUUCUCAAUUUAACUAAAAAUGCGGCCACAAAUGUAUCGCCUCUCAAAUUGCUCGUGGGAAUAGAUGCUACUACUCCUAUAUUGCGCUCUUUAGUACGUGAUGUUGCUCUCGAUAACGUCAAUGGGAAUCGGGAGGCACUGACGGUAAUUAGGAGGCAGCGCGUGAGCGAACGACUUGCUGCAAGGCAGAGGCAGCAAGACGCCAUAGUUAACGAAGGUCGUAAGCAACCACGUGCCUACAAAGUUGGAGACUUUGCUUUCGUCAUCAAAAGAGCGCAAUCUACUGGAAAAUUAGAUUCCGGUAUGAGGGGUCCAUACAAAGUAACAUCGGUCUUACCUCAUGAUCGAUACGAGUUAGAAUUGCUAUCAGGCGCAUAUGGAAAGAAAACACGAGCCGCUGCGGAAUAUAUGGUCCCGUGGCUCGGAGAGUGGACUCCUGAUACUUGCGCAACAUUUUUUGAAACUGACGAGCAAGCAAGUGAUGAAGAAGAUCGAGCGGACGAGGGCGUCACGCUGUCAGGGACGGCCGUAUUACCAGAAACUUCCCCAGACGCCCAAGAACGAGAGGGAAGUCACCUGUCCUGCUCGCCACGCUGACGUCACAUCGCGCCACCACGCCGGCCGCGCGAUCGCGAGGGCGGUGGCGGGCACGCCGGAACACGAGGCAGCUUCACUUUCGCGGCGCGCUUGAUAGGGAUCGGUCGAUAUCGGAUUUCGCGGAUUCGUACUUACGCACUUAGGUUACCUAGGUUUAGGCUAAUCAUAUUCUUAUAACGUUGAUUUCAUUAAAUUUAAUUGUUGUUGAU